GUUUAGCUGAAAUGUGAAAUCCCUUCCGCCUAUGAAUAAAAUGUAAAACCCUGGCGAGCUGCCGCAGCGUCGUCUUGGUCUACUCUUCCAGCAGCAGCCGCCCUUGCAGAAGCCCGCGACUGGGAGAGGGAGACAGAGACAGAGACAGAGAGGCAAGGUAAAAGACGACUCAAACGGAUGUUCUCUUCUUCGUCGACGCUAGAUUUUCCUUAUGGGAUUUCUGUGAUUGUUGUUGUUAUGCGAAUCAUUGAGCUCUUUUGUUGAUUCCUUAGAGUGCCUAAGGACGAGUUUUGCUGCUUUAGCCAUUUCCGAGCGUUAAAACUGUUGUUGUGAAUUUCCGGAGUUGGGUUUUCGUGGCGCUAAUAGUGGGGUUAUUUCUUGCUGUUCUUGUUUGAGAAUAGUUUCUUUUCAUUUUGAUAAUAUAUGAGCUAUAUGGAAAUUGGGGUUUCUGUUCUUGUUUCUGAAUGCCCUUAGCGUAUAUGAUUAAGUUGUUUGAAUGCAUUAUCUAUUAGUAGUUCCUUUCUUUCUGGUUUCAUGGCAUUUGUUGCUAUGGCUGCUGAGAUAUUGAUAGCUUUUUUGGGUUUUUUUUUUUUUUUUUUACGUUUAUGAAUAGAAAUGGCUGAUGCUAAAGCAGCAACAGUUGUUCCUGAAUCCGUACUGAAGAAGACGAAGAGAACCGAGGAAUGGGCUGCGGCCAAGAGUCAAGCUCUUGAGGAUCAGAAGAAGACGAAUGCUGAAAAUAGGAAGAUUAUCUUCAAGAGAGCUGAGAAUUAUGCCAAGGAGUACUCAGAGCAAGAUAAGGAGCUCAUCAGGUUGAAAAGGGAGGCAAAGUUGAAAGGUGGUUUCUAUGUUAACCCUGAAGCCAAGCUUCUGUUCAUCGUCAGGAUUCGUGGAAUUAAUGCCAUCGACCCAAAAACGAGAAAGAUUCUGCAGCUUCUGCGUCUCAGACAGAUAUUCAACGGCGUGUUCCUCAAGGUCAACAAGGCGACAAUCAACAUGUUGCGCAGAGUUGAGCCUUAUGUGACCUAUGGAUACCCGAAUCUGAAAAGUGUUAAGGAGUUGAUAUACAAGCGAGGUUUUGGUAAGCUGAACAAGCAGAGAAUUGCCUUGACCGACAACUUCGUCGUCGAACAGGGCCUGGGAAAAUUCGGGAUCAUCUGUGUCGAAGAUCUCAUCCAUGAGAUCAUGACCGUGGGACCUCACUUCAAGGAGGCAAACAACUUCCUCUGGCCGUUCAAGCUGAGCGCUCCGUUGGGCGGUUUGAAGAAGAAGAGGAACCAUUACGUCGAAGGGGGAGAUGCUGGAAACAGGGAAGACUAUAUCAAUGAGCUCCUUAGGAGGAUGAACUAGAUAGAGUGUUUCUUUGUGUUUUUCUUCAUGUUUAGUAGAGAUUAAAGCGGCAGUUUUUUUGGGUUUUUCUUCUUCUGAGGUAGCUGUUUGUAAGAGAGAUCAAUCGUUUUCAGUUUACGGUAGCACCUGUUUUUGUUUAUCUUCAUAGCUCAAAGCAUACUAUGUUCAUACAAUUUAUUGGCAAUGCAUUUGAGUUACUGGAGUCUAGUCGUUGCUAAUUUCUUCCGCUAAAAUUAAGUGGAAAAUCUCUAAGAACGUUUACUUACAGUAGAGACAUGGCUAAGUUCGGCCUAUUUGCUUCUCAAAACAAAGCUUCGGUUCUCUUUUACAUGGCAAAACUGCAAAAUCUCUGAAGCCGAUAAAAGUCUACUAGGAGA